UUCACGAUGGUUUGACGCCGUCUUUGUCCCCUCCGCCAGGCCAACAUGCGAGCCAGGAAGUGCAACAUGGACAAGCAAGAUGACGGACAUGUGAAGGCAAAAUGUAAAGGCUUCAAGGAACUGGAAGAGGAAAGUACAGCACAGCCUAAGAAGAGAAAAGCCAAAGUCCAGCAAGAGGAGAAGCACAGAAAGAUGUCAAAAAUGAAUUUGUCUAAGAAUGAUUUGGUCCAGCUGCUGGGAAUCAUGGAGGGGGAAGUUCAGGCCCGAGAGGACAUCAUCAGCCUGCUGAGGUCAGAGAAAAACCGAGUGGAGAAGUUGGAAUGUCAUUAUGGAUCAGCCAUUCCUGCCAAGGCACUGCAGGCCUUGCAGAGGGACGGCUUGGUAACCCACGACGGCAGCUGUAUGGACGACGUGUACGAGAAGCCGAUGGCCGAGCUGGAGCGUCUUGAGGACAAACAGAAAGAGACGUACCGCCGCAUGUUGGAGCAGCUGCUGCUGGCCGAGAAAUGUCAUCGCCGCACCGUCAUGGAGCUUGACAGCGAAAAGUGCAAGCACGCCGACUUCAUCAACAAAAGUGACGACUUCACCAACCUGUUGGAACAGGAGAGAGAGAGGCUCAAAAACCUGCUAGAGCAGGAAAAGGCCUACCAAACUCGUAAGGAAAAAGAGCAUAGCAGACGCCUGGAGAUGAUCAGUGCGGAGUUGGUCAAGCUAAAGUCAUUCGCCCUCAUGUUGGUGGACGAGCGGCAGCUUCACAUGGAGCAUCUGGCCCUGCAGAGCCAGAAGGUCGAAGAGCUUGCUCAGAAGUCACAAGAAAAAGAGCAGCGGUUGGCAGCAGUCACUGACGCUGCCAACAAAGACAGCCAGAAGGUCCUCAAGCUUGAGGCCGAAUUGGAGCACAGAGUGGCCACAUCUAAACUGGAGCAUGAGGAGAUGACCGCUAAACUUUCCAACCAAGAGUCACAAAGCCGACAUCUGCGAUUGAGGCUAGCUGGACUUGAGGGCAAGAUUGAAGAGCUGGAGGAAAGCAACACGCUUCUGCAGAAAUCUGAGGAAUUGCAGGAGCUAAGAGAAAAGAUCAGCAAAGGUGAGUGUGGGAGUUCCUCCCUUAUGGCUGAGCUGGAAACUCUCCGGAAGAAGGUGCUGGAGAUAGAAGGCAAAGAUGAGGAGAUAACCAAGAUGGAGACUCAGUGCAGGGAGCUUCGAAAGAGGCUGCAGGAUGAGGUGAAUGUCAGCAAAGAGCUAAGGCUAGAGGUGGACAAGCUGCACAAGAGAAUGGUUGACCUAAAGAAACUUGAAGGUGCUUUUAGCAGGAGCCAGACAGAUUGUUCCAUGCUCCGCACAAACCUGGAGAAAGAGAAACAUGUUGUGACAGAACUGGCCGACGAGCUGGAGAGGAUAAAGGAACGACUCAAAGAACUGGAGUCUGCGGAGGCAAAGUUUGGGAGGGCAGAGAUGAUCCUCAAAGAUGAUCUCAUGAAGCUCAAGUCCUUCACUGUCAUUUUGGCAGAUGAAAGGAAAAAUAUGGCGAACAAAUUGAAACACGAAGAGCAGAAAAGUAAAGAUUUAAGUACAAAAUACAAAGCAGAGCAAUGUAAAGUUAUGGAGGUCACAGAGAAGCUGAUUGAAGAGAGCAAAAAACUUCUCAAAGUCAAAUCUGAGAUGGAGCUCAAAGUAACAAGUAUGACUGAGGAGAAAGACAAAUUAAAAAGUAAACUGACAAGCGAGGAGGAGAGCUGUCGGCAGCUGAACAGGAAGUUGUGUGGGAUGAAAGAAACAAUGGACAAGCUGGAGGAGAUAGAGAGGGCGAGGACAAAUAAACAAUUGGAUGAUGAUAACAGAAUAAAAGAGCUGACACUAGAAGUUGGCAGCCUCAGGAGCCGCCUCAAGCAACUGGAGGUUGUACAGGGUGAUUUAAUGAAGACCGAGGAUGAAUAUGACCUGCUGGAAAAAAAGUUCAGGUCUGAACAGGACAAAGCCAACUCCAUCUCCAAACUUGUAGAAGAAAUGAAAAGUCAGAUGGUCAGGAUCAAAGCUGUAGACAAAGGAGCGGUCACGGGUUCGGAGGUCGAGCUAAGAAUGCGUUGCAAAAAGGAAGAGGCAAAGAGCAGAGAUCUUGAGGUGGAUAUUCAGGCCUUGAAAGAGAAGAUCCAUGAGCUGAUGACCAAGGAGGAUCAGCUUGCCCAGCUACAGGUAGAUUAUUCCAUCCUUCAGCAAAGGUUACUAGAGGAGCAGGAAAGGAGAAAGAGUACCAGUCAAGAAGUGACCAACCUCAGCCAGGAACUGGAAGCCAACAGGAAAUAUAGUCGUGCCUUGAGGCCCGGAAUGAAUGGAAGGAGGAUGGUGGACGCUGCACUUACGUCCACGGCUGUGCAGACUGACGUGUUGGCCAGUGAGUCUGUUGAUGAUGACACAGCGGCGGGCUUCAUCCGAAAGUCAGUCCUGGAAGAGAAACACCUCAUGAACAAUCUAAGGCAGCAGGGUCUUAAACAGCCCAGCGUUCUAGAACGUUACCCACCAGCGUUGGCAGAAGCUCAGGCCAAGAGGUCCUGGAUACCGUGGAUGAAGAAGAGAGAGGCCAUCCCUGUCAAGAGCACCACUCCCGGGAGGGUAAUACUUCCCUCUACUGUGGUGUCCACAUCCCAAAAGUCAGGCCAGCCGCUUCACAUUCGGGUGACCCCUGACCCUACCAACAGCAUCGCCACCUUGGAGAUCACCAGGCCACGAGCUGAGGACUUCUUCUCCAGUACCACCAUCAUCCCAACUCUUGGCCUUCAGAAACCUCGCAUAACCAUCUUUCCAAUGGCCACAGGUGUGACGGCAGAAACCAAAGCCUGCGACAUGCCUGAUCGAGCCAUGUCACCGGUUACUAUAACAACCAUUUCUAGAGCAAAAAGUCCUAACAAAAGUAAUUCUGAGGAUCGCCAGCCUGCGGUGUCCAUCAUUACAGUCAGCACAAGCCCCAUAACAGAAGCACAUGCUUCACCAGAAGGUUGUGGAAUGACCUCGGGCACCGCGUCGGUCAGAAAUUACAACAACAUUGUGACAACAGAGGACAACAAAAUUCACAUCCAUCUGAGGCCCUUGGACAACCGUGAGAUUCCUAUGGGGACAGUCCUGCGCUCCCCCCACCAACCCUCAAGUGGGAGCAAAAUGACCAGCAGCUUAACCAUCACGCCUGUCACCUCGGCAACGAGCAGGCCAACACAGUCUGCGCCUGCUCGGGAGCUUCAGUCAACUCGGGCUACCACUACAUGCCUUCCCUUGUCAAAGGCUUUGACAGUCAGUAGCAAAGUCCCAGGAGUCUCCACGGCAGCGAGGUCAGAGUCACGUGAGAGUCAUCUACUGAAAAUCAAAGUGAGGAAGGAGCCUUCUGCACGCGAAGGUGAAAGCUGAAGCAUCAUGGCGUUCUCUUAGAGUGUGAUUGGCGAUCUGCUGAAUAUUUAGACACUUUACAGCAGUGUUUAAUAUGAAAUGUGGAUGUAUACAAAAUCUCUGGCAGUAAAUAUUAACUUUUUUUAAUCCCGUCUGUCACUUUUAGGUUUGCAGGCACACU